UUUAGUGCCAUGCCCCUCAUCUUAUCUAUUUUAGUCACAACCCCUCACUAUUCAGUCUAAAUACUUUAUUGAAGUUUAAUAUUGCAUGAUUGAAGCCUAAUCCUGUGUAUGUGAAGGGGAAAAAAAGGAAUAUAAGAAUGGCAGACUUGAAUGCAAGGCCUUUUUCAUGCAGAGAAUGUUGAAUAGUAGGGUGUGUAAGGUUGUGCGAGUCUCUUAUAAGAGCUUGUAUGAGGUUAAACAUGCAAACUGAACACGCCCUGACUUCGUCUUUCUCAUUAUUGUUUCUUUUUAUUAUUAUCGGCCAUCGCCAAAAGUUUCUUCAAUAUCUGAUUGACGAAAGCUCCCACGGGCCGCUAGCAACUGUUUCCCUCCCUGCCCAUGGCUCUUCUUCAACCCAUGCAGGUGUAUAUACGCCGCCCGAAAACAGAUAUUACAGGUGUCAACAGGUGUGAACAGGUGUGAUGAUGCAGUGGACUCCUCCGAAAUGUUCACGUCAGACCCCCUAGCCCGAAGAUCUCCGGCAAUGCGCUCAUCGGAGAUGGGACAUGUUUAGUGCAAGGACCUACUGUACCCCAGAGAUAAGCCACCGAGCAAUUCCCUGUUUCAGGCAUUCUCGCUGAUGUGUACUCUGUUUGGCGGCACACUUCGAUGAUUGAGAUGGCGACGGAUAUUUUAAUAUGAUUACUUGAAGGAAACAAUUUCUAUUGCUCUAGGUUAUGUGGCUUUGGGUCUCAAACUCUGAAAGACUAGCCUGCGACCCUGCUUGUUUCGAUAUGGAACGACACAACGUUCCAGGGCUCGAAACCUUAGAGUUUAGCUACAUCUCGACGUGGUUGAAAUGCAAGACCAUAGUGCGAUAGGGGGAUCCAGGCUUGGUUGUUGACCGAGCUAACCCCAUAAAGGCUCGACGAAAUUUGUUGGCUGAACUCCAUGGAAAGCGAGAAAAUGGAUAGAGGGGGCCAGAUGGCAAAACAUGCAUGGGGACUGAUAGCAAAUCAUGAUUACCGAGUCAGCAUAUCUCCUGAGCUGUAUAUUACAGCAGGUAUGCUAAUAAUCUUCCGAAUCAGCCUAUCCAUUUCCGCUGGAGUACAUCCAGAUCCCAAAUUUAUAUCGGAGGAAUGGAAGCCGUCAUCCUCUUAGAAGUAACACCGGGAAUUUUUGACAUAUUCCAAUUUCCAUGCGACAAAUUCUGGCCUUGAGAGUACGGUUGUCAAUGGUAAACCGUGUUUUAUUCUUGACUUGCUCAUUUUAUACCCGCCCAGAGUGUGAUCGAUAUUGUGGCUCUGUCGUUUACCCCCUGGAUCCCCUCGACUUCUGAUUAAUUGUGGGAGGUAAUACCCCGGAUUUGACCCAUGUCGGUAAAUUAUACGAUUAUGUGACAGAAUACCCACACUAGCUUUCUUUCAGAUGGAGGCAAUGAUCAUCUAAACAGCAUGAAUCUACUAUUUACUGACACACUCAGGCUUAGUUUCCAAUUUUGUGGAAGUGCUCUGUACCUCAAGGCCCAGCGGCACCUCUUAGGUUUAUUGAAAUUGAGGAAUUAUGCGACAUCAAUGCCCAGCAAUGAAUGUUAACUAGUGUCAGUGGGAUCCUGGUCGAGAGUUUAGGAGAGUGUACACCAGCAUGAAUCACGGUCCCUCUAUUACCAGGGAGUAUUUUUAGGAUACCCAGAUCUUGAUUCUUAUUCGGCGGCGUUUUGCUGGCGAAUAACGCAGCAGCCUCGGGUUCUACUGCCAGAAAUAAUUUUGAUAAGACCGAUGUUGGCCGGCGGAGACCGGCAAUGCCAAAAGCACAUGUUCAACUGCUUGUUUUUGUUAUGGGGCCAGGCGGUUGUGUCCGAAGGAGCUUGAUUGAUUGAUUGAUUCCUUAAGUUAAAGUUUGCAUCCCUGCGGGCGCUACGUCCGAAGGAGCUGUUAUGCCCAUAUUUAAGUGGGCCUUGCCUUUCGACUUACACAGUACGGAGUACACAAUAAUUCACAUUUGGAAUGCAGGUGUGAUUGCGCCAAUUUAAAUUCAACAUUUGAAGGCGGCACAGCACUGGUUUAGUUGAAGACCCCCCGUACAGAGCAAAGUAUGAGCUCUAUAGCAGCAAACCAAUCUUGCAAUGCUUCCUUUCGAGAGUGGGCGCAAAAUUUUUUCUCAUGUGAAAUUUUUCGCAUGAAUUUCCAGCCUACUUCUCCAUGAAUAUCGAUUACGCAGUAUGUCUACGAGGGAUAUCCCUGUCUCAAGUGCAAGCCUCAGCCGCUAGUUACAACCUUCUUGAAAGCUUCUUUUACCGACGCUUGACCAAACACGCGCUUGUGGGGGAGUUAAGCCUUCAUGCUGGGUUAUCGCCCAUCAUAGAAGUCCCUCCGCCCAAAUACGGCCCCCCUCCCUCCUAGAAAUAAGCACGGGGAGGACGCUGAUCCGGUCAAAGUAGCUAGUGGAGAUGAGAUGUUAUAGCCUCUCGCCUAUUCAUUUAACUUACCCGCGUGAAAUAGAUUAGAAACGGAAGGAUACCUCACCGUCUGACAGAUGGUGCUUAUAACUCCUGCGAGCUUCCCCUUUCUUGAAACAUCUCCAUCAUCUUUCGAGUUAUCCCAACAGUACCUCUUUUGAGCAGUGCUAAUAUGGAGGCAAUAGACGCAACCACCCCAAUGAAGCAGGUUUGCGAUAACUGCCGCCGCCGCAAACUCAAAUGCAAUCGUUUAUAUCCAUGCGAUAGGUGUCAGAGUGCGCUUCUCCGUUGUGCUUAUACAGACGUUCUACAACGGAAGGGACCGAAAUUUCGCACUAUUUACCCACGUUCUUCCGCUAGCUCUAUUGGCGAUCAAUCACCCAGGUCAUAUUUUUUCCCUACACCACCUAACUCAGCUCUCUCAGGGGAUUUUGACUGUAGUCUCACCCAUCAAUUUGCGCCGCCGUUCCUCUUACCCGGAUCUAUGAUAUCUACCGAUGAUUCUAGCUGGAAUGAUACCUCUAACCUACAACUGGCUCCUACUCGUUUAUCCCCUCUGGUUAUUCUUGCUCACGUGAACGUGUAUCUAAAGUAUCUAUUCCCUAUUAUGCCUGUCAUCGCGCCGGACCAGGUGCUUGCGGACAGCAGCGAGCCAGAAUGUCUAAGCCCACAGCGAUAUGCCUUACUUGUCGCUCUAUGUGCAGCAACGCAUAUCCAACUGAAACUCGACGGACCCGCGCUCCAUGACCGGCCGGACGCAGGCAUAACGACCGUGCACGACGGAACUCUCAUAUCAGGAGAGGGCCUGCUAUCUGAAGCUCUACGAGCACGGUCAGAUUAUGACCUGAUCGAGUCUCCAAGUAUCGACAGUCUCCUCACAUCAUUCUACCUCUUAGCCUCCUACGGAAAUUUGGAUAAGCAAGACCAUGCAUGGUACUACCUUUGCCAAGCACUUUUCAUGGCUCAUACAUUAGGGUUGCAUCAAGAGUCAUCCUACCGCGCAUUUGACGCUAUCGAAGCAGAAGAGAGACGGAGGUCUACCAAGGCAUAUGCGCUUCAGCAAACCAAACCUGUUAUUUUAAGAAAUUCGAUACGAAAACCGGAAAUCUUCGGCGGGGAUGAUCCCAUCCUUGCUUAUGGGUUUUUGAACCUAAUUAACCUCUUCGAGAAGUUUCCACCGGACCUAUAUGACUGGAUUACUUUUCGACAAGGAGAUGAGUUAUCUGGGCAGGCGCUUGUUAACGUGAUUCUGCGCGAUUUGAGUUCCCCUAUAUCCCUAGAGGGGGUCUUGGAGACCCAACAAGUUGACAUUCUCGUCACACAGCAGUGGCUCCGGACGGCAAUGUGGAAGCUUCCAAACCCAAUUGUCCCUGGGGAAAUCACCUGCGAUACAAGAGAUCAUUCCGCCACAUGUCCCCAUCAAGGCAGGAAAGUCGGCGAUGGAGGUUGUGUAUGCAGUGUCUCAAGCCGCGGUAGAUUCCCACGGCAUCGGAAUGGAGCAAAAGCUCUUCGAAUUUGGGCAUUUGCGUUGCCGAUGCUACACGCAGAAUGCGACCUGCAACCGCUACACACGUAG